AUGAGGCGUGCCGUGCUGUGUUGGGAAGACGGUGACCAAUUAGCGGGCGCGAGUGCGAUGGCGUCCCCCAUAGCAAGUCCCAUCCCCCUCCGUUACGAUACAAGUAGCCAUACCGAAAGCGACAUCAGAAGACGCGACACACCUCUCCCGCAGUACGAGAAAACGCAAUCCGCGCCCUCCUUCACCCUGAACCUGCAAGAAGACAAAAGCAAUCCAGGCCGUUUCCAACUCGUCGUCAACAUCGAUCCCAAGCACCAGAUUCCGCCGGGCGAUGUGUCUCAGAGGACUCCCACGCUUACCAAAGAUGCAACUCCCCUUCCCUCGUCAGUGCUGUACCAAACGCAGAAGACUAGCCCGCCUACAAGCCCGGUGCAGGAUAAGCAUGGCUGGACGGACCUCAAUACGCUUCCGUCUGAGUUUCUGCAGAAUGUGGUGCCGGAUUGGAAUGUGACGUUCUCGCGCAGCGACUCGACGGCGUCGACGCAGUCUAAGACGUUGGCGGAUAUCAAGGCGAGGAUUAAGAGGAAGGGCAGGGGGUAUGUUGUGAGGCUGUUGAAGGGGUCUAGUCUGGAUCCUGGAGAUGUUGCGGAGGUCGAUUUGGGGCAGAGUGUUGGCGGUGGGGACGGUGCGCCGCUGGAGUUGGAUGCGAGUCCACUAAGGGCGGAGCUGGACGGUGGGCGGGUUGGGGAUUCUGUGAAGAUGGAGGACCCUUCGACUGGCGAGAGCGUGAUCGGGCGACCAGAUGUUUUCGAAAUCGGCACGUCCAACGAGCCGGGUGUGGAGAGAUCGCCGUCGGCCUUGAAUAGCAGAACAGAUCACCAACCGUCGUAUCAAACGCUCGCGAGCCGUGUUUCAACACGGUCCGUCGUCGAUGAAAGUCUGAGCGACGCCGAAACUCUGAUUCCAGAAGUCCGUUCCAUUGGCGGCCGCAUGGACGACGACGAGACAGACUGUGAGCCGUUCUCGAGACGCAGCUCCCUCUUCCCCGUGAGGACAAAUUCAGCGUCGAGUAUUGUGAAGACGCCGACUCGAGGACUGUCUGUCGUGGGUCCGGUGCGAAGGGUAGAGAAAAGCAGCCGCAUUCGAUUGAAAGGAAACGCGGAACUGGGUCGAUCUGGUGCGCACAAAUCUAUCAAGCGCCACUCACCGCAAAAUUCGGUUAUGUUUGCUUUACCCAGCAAGCCUGUUCAGGAUGCCCAUGUUGGUCUCCGACAACGACUUCGCACUGCUUCGCGAAACAGUGAGCAGCAAAACCUUGCACCGCAAGAAAAUAGUACUUGGCAGCAUACCAUACGGGAAAGCGUUGAAAGGAAGCCAGGCCAUUCGCGUCGUUCCUCUGUAGACGAUGUUCGUCUCGCAUCGAAGCCCAAAGGUAAGUUGCGGCUUCAAACAAAUAUUGCGCGUCCAGCAUCUGCAAAUACAUCCCCGAUAACCAGGCGAAAAAAGUCACCGAGAGUUUACAAAUCCUCAUCAUCUUCUUCGUCGAUGGCGAGUUCUCCUGAGACCCAGGGGCGUGGGCAGUCGUCGAGGUGGUCCGAGGUCGACGGUCCAGACGAGCUGCGAGAAGCGCUUCAGAAGGUCCUCGAGACUGCUCCUCAGAGCAUCCAACGCAUAGGAGAGACUUCUGAAAGGUCGGUACCGAGGAUUGUAAAGCCGGACGAUGAGCUCAAUGUAGGUGAAAUACCAUUGCCAGCAGAACUAGAGAUACGGCCUAUGAUCGUUAGCACGAAGAGUUCCAUGAUGACGUUCUGGGGCCUUGCGCUCAGUGCGUUGACGGAGAAACUUCACGAUGGAUUUACGGUGCUGCGGGACAGCUAUGGGGCUGAGCCUCGAGUUCCACCGGGACAUGUUCGUGUUCGAUGGACGUGUUCUUGUGGCGACAAUUUGUACGACGACUUCAUUGAGCGUCGGCCUGGUGCUGCACGUCUUCUCGAGGCGUAUCUCAACCGGCCUCAGGCCCAUGUGUCGAGCCCUAGCAGUCGGAGCAGCACUGCGACAUCAAUGUUCUCCGUCUUCGACACAACAAGCAGAGCCUCUACGCUUGCAACACCCUCAUCGACGUACGGUGGUUCGUCACCAUGGGGUAGAAGCGAUGGUACUUCCAAGCCCACGCCACCACGGCUCAGUACUAGCAGCCCCUUCAGCGUACGCAUCGGAUCGUACGCCGAAGAAUCAUGGCUCCUUACGUGUGCCAACGAAGGUCGCUUCACGCCGAAGAUCGUGCAUCUCGACGUCAACGAAGCGCGCAUCCGAAGUGACAGAGACCUGGCACUGGUCUUGCGCGAGCACUACGACCAGAUCAACCGCCGGUGGCUCAGCUGGGCACGCCUCCGCAGUCUGACGACGAUCGAGUUUGUUCAGUUCGAAGUCCACCGUAACCGCUUUGCUGACAUCCGCGCCGCACCUUCCAUGCCGCCCGUAUCUGCCACUUCCGCAGCUCCAGUCUCGCCAACGAAUGAGAAGUCUCAAACUCCUUCGCACCAGCCGUACAACUUCGAGCCCAUCGAUCUGCUCCCACCGGUUGGUAGUACGUAUCUUCUUCAUCUAUUCAAGCAUCCGACGGACUACGACGGCGAACUCAUCACGUACCUGCGUUGUCCCAAACGGCGGCAACGUCUGGAGUUUGGCAUGGGAUGGGGCAUCAAUCUUGUAGAAGGGUUCUUGCCGCAACGUGUUUGGGCAGUCGCUGUGGUGAUGGGUGUUGGGAGUGCAGUGUUUGCUAUACUUUGGACGAUCAAGAAUGGUGAUAUUCAGGGCGCGUUUGGCGUCGCUGGGUGGGUGUUGGGGACUACAGGGUUGCUGAUGGGGGCGAUGCAGGCGUGGCUGGACUAG